GCCCCAGCGCCGCGGCCCCCGCGUACCCCCAUCCCACCGCCGCCCCCAGCGCCGUCGCCGCCGCCGCCGCUUCGGCCGCCGCCAGCCUACGGGAGCUGGCGGCCGCCAGCCGCAGCGCCCUGCUGGGAAAGGUGGGUGCCGGGCCGGGGGCUGGCGGGGGAGCGCGGGCGGGCGUGUGCGUGUCACCGCAGGGCGCCGGACGGUCCCGGUUUGCCGGCGGGACGUCCCGCAGGGCGGUGGAGGCUGUUCCCCGGCGGGGCAUCAAGGCGUCGGCCUCUCCGCGCUCUUGAGGCCGGAGGUUGCGGUUGCCCCCCUGAUGUAAAGAUGGGAGGCUUGGGGAGGCUCGGCCGGGAUGUCCUAAAACUAUUCCGGGUGCCCCGAGGGACCGGGGCCGCUCCGGGAACCCCCGCGGUGGUUGGUACCGACUGUCCGGCGGCUCCUGCCCCGACGGGGCCCGGGACAGCCCCCGGUGUAGCAGAGCUGGACGUGGCUCCCGGAGUUUAAGAAACAGAAAGUGCCUCGAAAGCGCUUUUAUCCGGCGUGCUGGCCUCUGCCAGGUGUCUGUCAGGUGCAGGCAGGAGCUGGCUCCCGCUCUCUUGCUGCCUGCGAGGAUACGUCCCUAGAAAUACUCGGCCGGUCCGGUACCCGGCGCUUUCAUCUCAGCGCCGAGUUUUCCGCUCCCGGGACGCUGCCUGUGCGGUUACAGCCACGCAGAGUCCUGCUGACAGCCAGGGUUGAGUGGGGUUUGAAGCUGAAGCCGACUUCCCAAAGGAGCGUAAUUUUGUUUUUAUGUAUAAGGUGUGCGAUUCAUUGAAGGAGAGUACUGCAACAUGUGCAUUUAUGAAUUUUAAAACUGCAAACGAGUACCCGAUCUUGCUCCCUUUAAAAUCAAUGUCGAGGGUUUCAUUAACUCGGGACAAGAACAGUUCCUCCCAGUGUUCUGUAUAAUUGUAGAGUUGAUACGAUAAAAUUUGCUAUAGGAACUCUUUAGGAAACUUUGGAAUGAAGACACUCUGAAGACUGUGAAUUUCAUCCUAUUUCUCACGUGAUAUAUAUAACAGAUAUAUUUAAUUGUCUUUGAUCAUUCCUGAAAUCUGCUUGAGCUGUAGUUUAGUGUAAAGGCUUUUGAUUUGGAAAGGUCAAUGCAGAGAUUCCCUGUGAAGUUGUACUGCUAUAGUAAAUGUUUCAAUUAAUUCAUUGCCUUUUUUUUUUCCCCUGAGAAAAAUGAGUAGACCUGUACUGGCGUUUUGAAGUUUUGCCUACAGGAAAUGAUGGCAAAUACCAUACAUUGUUCCAUAAAAUUCAAUUUUGGAGUCUGAAGUGAAAUAUGCUUAGCAAUAUUUCUGGAAGGUAGAUCUUUUAUUACUAAGUUGUAGACCACAGUGAUCUUCAGGUAUUUAAUAACGAUUAGUCAAAUUUAAAGAAGAAAAAAAGGGAACAGGAUAUUGCCCUCUGCUUUUUUGCUUAUUUGUUUUUCAACUAAACUUCGGGUUGCAGCUUUGUGAUAGCUAGACGGCUCCUGUCAUCUUGAGUUUCAGCAUUACAAAAAGAAGAAGUUUGCAUUCAUUAGGUUGUUUAAAACAUUGUAUCCUCACGGUCUGGUUUGGUGUCCCAGUUGGUCUUCUCUUAUGGGAGGUAGGGUCUGCAUGGAAGGCUUGUUACACCUGCAGGGUUCGUGUUGCAGAGGGAGGCUCUGGCACUCUGACCAACCUUUUGUGACCAUCCAGCAAGAAGACAGUCUCUGGUUUUCAUAUCUUUAAAUCCUAGUCAAGUUUGGAUGUUACAGGGGGGUGUGCAUGUAACGAAAUUCUUAAUGGCGAAAGUUACUUGAGAGUAAAUGUGUAUGUUAUUGCAAAUUUUUGGAGAAGUUGUUUUUUCAUUAUUUUUCCAUGGAUUUACAGCUUUUUAAGAAGUUACUUCCCUAGCCGUUAUUGCAGCUAUCAUAUGGAAAAUAAAACCACAUUGCAUUCCAUCAUUUUCUGGCUUUGAUUGAAAAGCACCUUGGUGAGCAUCUUCAGUUCUGUUGCCUGUUUUUGUGUGGGUUGUUACCCAUGUGUAUUUGAUAGAAAGCAAAGUUACACAUGACCUGAGAAUCACAUUUUGGCUUUUAUGGUUAACAACUGCAUUUUGUUUUGCUAAUGGGUGAUUUCUGGGGCUGUGGGUCUCCUGGGGCAGAGAGGGUCUGUGAAACUGUUUGCUUGGCCUUUUGACUGACCACAUGAUUUUAUCCUGGAAAUCAAUGCAAUGUGCUUGAUCCUUACAAGGUUCAUUACAGUGAAAGAAAGUCUGAACUAAUCUGCUUUAAAAAAAAAGCAGCAGGGGAGAAUAAUCCUCCUUGGAGCUGCUGAUACAGCUGAUUGCUGAGCCAUCCUGGAGAAAAGGGUACAGCACCUCUCUCAGUACUAAACAAUAGAUGAUACAAACCACCCUAGAAUUAGGCUUUUUGAGGCAGAUAGUGAAGAGCAGAAUUGUUAUAAUAUUUUUCAAUUUUACAUUGGUCUUUGACAGUUUAGUUCCUUUGGAGAGAGCAGAAGUGAUUCUUUAUUUUUAUAUUUUUUAAAAAUUUUAUUUCAGAAAUUGCUGUAGAUUUGCUGCCUGGGGCUUAAAUGCAAAUUACGCUAUUUUACUAAUUAAUACCUUUCAUUUUAGGUAGUGCAGUAUGUAAAAUGGGACAUACCAUUUUGGGCUUUUUUGGUUAGGAAGGAAACUGCUGAUGGUGAAACGUAAUGGCAGGCAGCCAAGGUCACUUCUAUCAGACUUCAGCCUUGCCCAGAUCCUCGGACCGAUAUGUUAGAAUCACACCAGGGAUCUGUUUCUCUGAGAAUUUCAAUUAACCUUAGAAGACAGAGCAGGGCUAGCUUCCAUGUUCCUAUUAGGCCUGUGUUUUGCUUUUAUACCUUAUACUUGGAGGAAGUCUGCUUUGCAUAGAAGUUAUUUUCUAAAAUCAAUGGAUGUUGUUUAUCACUAGGGCAAAACUCUGAGGGGUUUGUAUUUCUUUAUCUGGUCUUCGGUCCUUUUUUGGCCAUAAUUUAUUGCAGACCUGGUCUAUCCAGAGUGCUGAAACCCAGUGUGGGAGGGGCUGGGGACAGACUGUCACUGGGGCCAUUCCGAAAGCUGUCUAAGACCAUUCUUCAGAAGCACUUCCAAAAUACUGUAGGUGUUUUAAAGUACGUGGUAUAGAUAUGCAGCAUGAGAAAUCUGGAAGUGGUGUUCACCUACUAAUAUAUGCUUGAAAAAUGUUUGGGAUGCUAUUGAUAUAGUGGUACUUGACCUUUGGUAAGCCAGCUUGUCUCCCAAUGCUUCUAUUUCAGCCUCUAAAAAAACUCAGCAGUCUGUUUGGCGAAGCAUAUUUGGGAUGUUCACAUUAAAGAUGCUAUGUAAAUGCAUAGUAUGCUAUUAGACAAUACGGAAGGGUCUGGCAGCCGAAAGAGCACACUGGAAGAAUGAAGGAAAGAAAUCCAGCAACUGUUAGAGUGGCCCCCCCGAGGGGUAAAGCAGGAGCCUAAGAGUGGUUUAUAAUGGUAGGUGCAUUACACACAAGGUUAUAAUUUAUUGGCUUCUCUGUUUCCAUUACCACUGUCGAGCCACUUGGGGAAUUCAGGUUCUGUCAAAGUAAAUGGCUCCCUUAGAUUGUUGAGGCAUUAUGGUAAAUCUGCCUUCUUUACUGAGUGGUGGGGAUUUUUGAUUUAUUUAUUUAAGUUUUUUUAAACGAUUAUUGCAGUUUAUCACUUACAAUUUUUUUCAGGAGUUCUCAAGAUCAAAUAGCCAGUUAAAUGUAUGCAAGUCUUUAGUAAUUUCCUCCUAAACCAGGCAUCUCCCACUCCAGGUGCAGGGUUUAUUGCUUCCUUGCUUUCAAUACAAACUGAGAACAACAACAUUUGCAUGAAAAAGAAACAACCUAGAAAAACAAAACGUGUCUCUUAGUUUUCCUGGAAGAGACACUACAGCCCAAGUGAUGGAUAGGUGCUUUACCAGACGGGGGUAUAGGUAAUGGCAGAGGGUAAGAUGUGCGCGUGGGGAAAAUGAUGUGUCACCAUGCCUGAGUGAAGUGACAGAUGGGCUGCACUCCCCUGUGUUGCACUGGGUGCUUCUCCCACGUAUCAGCCUUGCAGAGCUAUUUCACUGUUUCAGGUGGAAGGCUGCAAUUUGGUAGCCCAGGGGAGAGGUUGCUGCCCUUGGCUUCACAGGAGUUCUGCAACCAGAGUGAGCAGUGCCAGUUUGCUAGCUGGGUUUUUCAGUUGCUCUGUUUGUAGAAAUUCUCCAAAAGACACAUUGAAUCAUUAUUUUUUAUGAGAAUGCAGCCUCAUCCUGCACUAUCUGUAAGUUUUUGAGGUUACAGUGGAUUCGAUGUGGAGGAGACAUUGCAGUAAUUUUCCACAGCUGCGUUUCUUUGUUGGAUACAUUGUCUACCAGGUGAAGAUUCCACCCUGGGUUACAUAAGAGGAAGCGGAUGGAGUCUGCUGUUUACAUGCGUUUAUAUCCGUUGUAAGCAGCAGUGGGUUGUGUGUGGGACACACAUUUUCUUGGGCAGAGGGGACUCUUCAACUUGGCUUUUUAAUGACCAGGUUUUCACAGAUAGGAGUGCCUUUUGUCAGCAGUGCAGAGUAUGCGUAGACCCAUGGACUUACCUUACUUUUGUUCCUUCUCUCUGAAUUAUUUGCUGUAGUUUGGCUGGCCAGUUCCUGAACUUUGUCAUAAAGCCAUCCAAAUAGGACUGAUAUUCUACAUGACAAAGUCUCUGAUCUUGAGGAUUCUUUUUCUUCUGGCAGGUGCCUAAAAAUGUGUUUCAAAGCAGGAGAUGAACAAUCAUGCUAAAGGGUAUUGCAAAAAAUAUAGCCAGGAGAAUAUAAAAGCCUAGCAAUUAAAGCUGUUCUCACAGGAGUGAGCGAGCACAGGAGAGAGGAUUCGCCGAGCUCUUACACAUUUCAGAAAACCCGCCAUUUGCACUGUCAUCUUCAUGUCCAUUAUGUUUUCCAAAAACAGAGUAUUUUCACCCAUCUUUGGAUGCUGCUGUUAAUUUCUACUUGCGUGCUAGAAAAAUGCAUGAUGAGCCUGACGUGACCAACGGGUGCCAGUGUUGACACUGGGCUUUUCCUUCUGGACUGGGAUGGACAGCAGUGACUCAGUCACACCCAGAACAUUCAUGGGGCCGUGGAGAAGACUUUGGGCCACUGGCUCCUGAUCCUCCCUAUGGGUUUGUGGCAGUGUGGUGUGCCUCUGUGGGACUCUUCUUGCUGUCAAAUGUGUCAUCCCUCUGAACGAUUCAUGACAAACGUUAGUAAUGCUGAGUGUGUGACAGUGUUUGGUAUUUGAUAGCUGAUUAAGAGAAAAUGGAGAGACUUUCAAGACUCUUAGACCUGAGAUCCUGUGUGCAUUUUAAUUCUGUCAAUUUUUGCCCACCUCCCCUAAACCUCUGCUGUUUGGGGAGACAACACCAUUGUGUUUUUAAGGCUGAAAAGGCAUGGAGAGCAUGGUCCUGUGCAGGAUGUGGCCAUUUUUACCUCUGUGGAGCUGUAUGAACUUACAGAUCUUCACAUUUCCCAGCCGAAAACCUGCCCCAGUAGCACUCACUCACCCCCAUGUGCUUCACGAUAUUCAGAGAGAAGCUGCCCUACAAACACAGAGUUGUUACUAGAGAGGCUGGGAUCCUGGGAGAUUAAAAAGCGCCGAUUGAGUACACUGGAGCUACGACAGUUAUUUUCUGCUGUUGAAUGGGGUUUGGCAGAGAUGCUGCACGUUUGUUUGCAGGGAACAUCGGUGCAGGGAUGCAGCAACGAGCACGGUGUACGUGCUGUAACAUUACACUGUAUUCCCUGUUUCUAAUCUUAUCAGUUCAUGUUCAGGCAGACUCCUGGUGCUGGCCAAGUGCCCAGCAGGUCAGACCGGCUGAAGUCGCUGGCUGCUAAUACUGUGUGCCUCUUCUUGCAGGUCGGAGGGAGGCUGCAAAUGCCAUACUGCUCUUUCUAGACAAAGCUGUGUCCAUACAGUAAAUAAGCUGCCACAUAAAAUGCUACAACAAUAUUUUAUGUAUGUCGUAUAAGAUUUUAUGCUCUGGGAAGGUCUUUUCUUAUAGUCUAGAGUUAUUUUUGUUUGCUGUCUCAUAAUUUUAGGUUAAUAAUCCCAUUACUGUUUCAACUUGAAAAGUGUGUCUGGGUACUUCUUGAGUUUUGCGCUGUUGUAUUUAGAAUUUUCCCUCUAAUUUCACUAUUUUGUUCAACAUUUAAUGCUGUCUCUGUUAAGAAGUACUGCUUAAAUUUCAGUUAAAAACCAUAAUUCCUUCUUGCACUUCAGUAAUCCACCUGUAAUAUCUGUAACUAUGGAAUGCUGCUUUUGAAGUCUGUGCUUCCUUAAAAGCCUUUCCUUAAACUGCAAAAGGUCAGUUACAACUAAUAUUUCAUUGUGAUUAAUGUCUUUAAGCAUUGCAACAUUGUAAUUGCUGACCUCUAGUCCACUAAUUUCAUUCACUUUUCAGGGACUUGGUGACUUCUGCGGACUAAAACUGUCUGGGAUGCACACGGUUUCAGCUUUCCAGUUCUCACUCAUCACAUACUGAGAUGAAUUUUUGCAAACAUUUUCAAUGUGGUCUUGUUAAAAUCUGAUAUUUUGCAACAGGUUUUCCCAAUCUGGGGUAAGCUGUCAUGGGAAGAACCCAAGAUUAGUUCUAAUAGGACAUGAGAGCCUGGACAAAGAUAAACUAUGGGAUUUGAGAAGGCUGCAUGACCUUGGCCUUGCCCCAGCUCCCACAGCAGCUGUGCUUCUGCAGCUGGGGAGGGAGCAAUGGAGAAAUACAGUGCCAGCAGAAAGCUACCUAUUUAUCCCUAGUCUUGCAUCAAAACAAACUGCUUCUGAUUACAGGAGCCUCUUGCAUGGAGCAGACUGGUACUUUGGCUUGAAAGUUACUGGCCUGACAAUUAUGCAAAAGAAAGAAAAACAAACUAAUUAAAAAAAACCCACAAAACCCAAACCAACCAACCAACCAAAACCACAAACAAGUAAACAAACAAAAGGUGUGAAAAAGCUAGAAAAAAUUAUUCCUAGUGCCUCAUGCAGGUGAGCCUGGUUCUCCCCAUUUACCAGCCCCAGUUUCUCUUUCUUCAACGAGUUCGGAUUCCUCUGGCAGCUUGAGAUGUGCCUUUUCCUGACAGUUUGAGGUGCUGGGGGGGUUGCUGAUGUGCUGCUUUUACUUGCUUGGCUCCAUUACUGUCUUCCUCAGCAACAAUGUUAAACUUGUUACCUCGUCUUUGCGGGAAGUUUUACUUAUGUUGCUGAAAACCCUUAAAAUUAUUUUAAUAACUUAAAAAAACCCCACAGUGUGUGCCCAAUAAUGUAAUCUAAUUGUCCUUGCAUGUAAUGUGAGCGUUUUUAUUUAGUUAAAAAGAACAAACAUUAAUUUAACAGUACAUGUACAUGAGAUGCCUCUCAGUUCAGGGGAAGGACAGAAGGAAGGAAUAUUACUUUUGGUAUUAAAAAGACAUUUUGUUUUCAAAAGUAGAGAGAAAAAUGUAAAACAUCUGGAAUUAAGAGCACUUUCUGCCCAGUCUUUUAAGCGUAACUUCCAUCAGCUCCACAGAACUUGCUGCGCACCGGUUGCUGUUAGGUGGGGUCACCUGUGAACUCAGACCAUGAACAGCCUAACAUCUACCCUAAGGAGCUGGUGGGGCUGCACCCCAUCUCUGCUGGGAGUCACUGGGAAGGGCUGGUGUUUGGCACCAGGCUCACUCCUCUGUGUUUGUAGGCCAGCUAUCAAGGGGUUAAAUAGCGAAAGCCAUGGUAGAGUUUGUCUCAGAACUGGUUUCUGGCACUUUCAAACCAGGGGCUGGCCCCUGCCGAAAUUUGGCUUCUCAUCCUGUUGUCAGAAUGGUUGGGAUUGGGAUUUUUGGUGCAACUGUUCUGUUUGCGUGUGGUUGACUCAAGGGCGGGGGUUUCUGAAGGACACGUGCCCUCAUUAAUGCUGUGAAGCUGUUUCUGCAGCAGGUCUCUAUCUUGUCCCAUUUUGGAAGCUGGAAGGCUGAGCAGCCUGGCUUGCAGCACUGGGUGCCAGAGGAGAGAAGGCUGUGAGAUUCGCUGAUUAAAAAAAGAGAGUGAUGGGACUGUUUUCUUUCACCAUGGUGAUCACAUAACAUAACUUGACUUGGGGAUGCUGAGAAAUUUUCCUCUGCUCUGGAAGAAGAUGGGACGAAGGUGCAAAGCGCUUUCCUGCUCUGUGGCAUUCAGCCACAUUUCAUUUUGAAGAUACCUUAAGGAUUUGUGGUAGUGAGGAAUUUUUCCCUUGUGUUGGCUGUCAGCUGGAAUAUGAUUUAUCAGACAACUGAAACUAAUGCUGUAUAUGGUUAAGGAGUGCCGUUCUGUGCACAAAAAUGGUGUUUAUGAGAAGAAGUUGCUGCGUGGUCGAUGCUUAGAGUGUCUUUGCUGCUACAGCAACAGGCAUGAGAGUCUGAUUAUUCAAGCAAGUUAGCAUAAUUUUUUUUUCCAAGUUUUUAAAAGAUCUGAUCCAAACCAAUCUGGAUCGGCCAUUACUAAUUUUAGAAUGGUCUGCUUGCAUGAGAUAACAAAUCCCAGUCACAGUUUAAAGAGAAAAUAUUUUAACAGAAGGCUGGCAAGAUUGUUAUCAAAAUGUUAAUGAUAAUUUCUCCUACAGUCUCAGUUAUUUUCAGAGGGAGAACCAGAAUAGACACAUCAUCUGAAUAAUAUUGAUUUUAAUAUGUAUUACUGUCUCAUUAAGCUGUUGAAGUCUUUCCCCUUCUGGACAAAAGUUCAUUAAUUGCUGCAGUCGAUGUAUCAUUAAAGUAGGUUUGGGUGCAAGAUAGGUGGAGUGAGAGAUCUUAAAUUUUGAUUGUGCAGUUGUGGAUGGACUGUGGGUAAAGACAUUAUGGUCUUAACCAAAAAGAAAGGGACACUGCUGUGUUUGGUGUGAUGCCGCCUGAUUGCAUUCUGAGUGACAGCCAAGAAGUCAGCAAAUUACAGGCACUAUCAUAUUUACUUUACUAAAUGAUCAUUUCAGUAAAUAUUAUUGAACAUGUUUAUUUGCAGAUUAAUUUCAGGCUAAUUCCAAUCAAAAACUCCUCUGUGAGUUACUAUAAAAAGACAUGAUUUUAUGAAUUUACUUUUGAAUUUCUAAUUUCAUUUUGAAACAGCUUUUAACAGGCUGCCUUUUUAUUGGCUGCCUCCUUAUGUGUUUUGAAAUGCUUUUAUUGCAGCUUGUAUCAGGUUUGCUAUGUUGUCAUCCCUAUAAGCAAAUCAAUACAUUUUCAUUUCCAAUGACAGUAAUAAUUUAUGAAUUUGUAAUUAUUUUAACUCAGUAAAGUAGAAUGAAGAUUUUGUUUUGAUUGUAUUUUGACUGACAUCAGUUAACAUUUAUUUAUCUGUAAAUAAAACACACAAGUAUAUGUAUGUGUGUGUGUGUUUAAUAUCUAUAUCUCCCUGAAUAUAUAGUUUGUUGACAGAAAAGCCCAUUCCAUGCAUUCUUCUUGAGUCCAUAUCCAAUUCAAUAAAUCGUGUAGUAUUGUCACCAUGUGAUGUGCAUGCGUGUCAUGUGUCAUGGCACAGUGGCUGGUCCUGCCGCAUGUCUGGACAUGUGCCUGCUGUCACCCCUAGGUGAUAGAGAGUGCCUGCUCCAGGAUGAUGGGUGUGCACAUACGCAGCCUCCUCUGGAACCCCAAAAAUACAGGUUUGUGCUUGUCAUGUGAAGGAGGAGGGGUGGAUGCCCAGCAAGGGGAGCAGGAUUCAGCUGGAGGGGAGGAAUGGGAAUGGGUACCAGUUCGCUGUGAGGCACCUGUCCCUUGAGGAUGCUGAGGCUCUUCUUGUCCUCGCUGCCGAGCCUCCUUGUGAUUUUGUGCUAAAAUGUCACGAGAUAAGAGACAGAAAUAGCACAGACUUCCCUGGCAGAGGUGUGAGCUGCCGCACAUCGAGUGGGUAGGAGUCAUCAGCGCUGGGGCUGCUGCUCCGCUCCAGCUCUGUGCGGGGAGGGCACAGCGCUGCAGAACAGGCAGGCGCAGACGGCUUCGCUCUCAGCCCAGAGCAUCUUGCAUUUCAGCCAAGAGUUUUCGUGUGAAGAGCCUCGUUCCCUCAUAUACUUCCUUUCUAAAACAAAUCAUAAAAGAGCCCUUGGAGAAUAGAGUCAUACAUACACGUCAUAAAAUACAGUAAAAUAAUAGUUGACAACCAUGAGAUGAUUUUUUAUUUUUUUUUUUUAACUUAUUCUCUUCUGCUGUGUAGGUAAUCAUGGUAUUAAAUCAUAGUGGAAAACAUCUGAUUGUUUAUAUUUCACAGUCACGCAGCAAUGUAAAAUCCAAACCAAUCAUACCUUUUUAAUAAUGAAAAAGUCAGUAAAUUAUUUUCUAAAAGGAAUGUGUGGUACUUUUGGUCUAUAUUGCAGAAAGGAAACUUUAUUUUUUCCUAGCUUGACUUUUAUCUGUUCUUUUGAUAAACACAGGACUUCCUUUUAUAUACGGUCAGUCUCGCUUUUAUCUCAGUAUAUAUUUCCAUGGUGGGGCUAUCACUGUAGUCAUUACUGUUAAAAAUAAUUUAGCACACUUUAAAGAAGGGACUGUGUAAGGUUCAGCAUCUGUAAUAAUAUUGUUCUGCCAGGGAGAGGUCAUUUUGUGCUUAUUAACAAACAAAACCUCAAUAGCCAGGGUUGAAUAGCCGUCUCCCACUCAUCCCAGGCCUUGAAAACAAGGAAGCAAGUAACUAGGGGGAAAAUCGGUGCCUUCCUCCCUUUGUCUGGCCAGCAGCACACUGCAAGAGAUGCAGAGGUGUAAGAGAGCCACAGGACUUCUGCUUUCCAGUUUCUCUGCUUCUAAUGUUUGUUUUGUAAGGAUCUUAGACCAUCAAAAUCUAAGAACUGGUUUGCCUAUUCUAUUUUUUUUUAAUAUAAAAUAAAUCAUUUAAUUAUCUGCCCUCUGCUGUGUGUAGUGAUGCCCCUGGAUGAGAGUGGGAAAUGGGUUUGGUGCAUCGAGUCACCAUGGUCCUCUGGGCGACACAAGGGAGUUUGUGAUGCUCUUCAGUGCAUCUCCUCUCCCAAAUGUUUUACCCACCUUUAAAAAGUUACUAAAAAUAGGAACCCCAGAAGCAAACUGCUGUGUUAGUAGCAAUAACAGAAAAUGCAGGAAAGGAUCUGUGUCAUUGUCCCCUUCCUGCAGUGUUCUGCCGCUGAUAGAAGACGCCCAGCAGGCAGGAACAGGCAGGAACAGCCUGUCCAGGGGAUGGGCUAUGGCUCUCCUGUCCUCCUUCCCUCUACAUGUGCAACCUCACUCUCCAGUGGGCCAGGGCACCUGCCAGUGUCAGGAACAGAGGAAUGGGCAUGAGUAGUCACUGAAUUUUUAACCCCACAAAUUAAUACAUUUUAAUCCUUUCUAGCCUACAUUGCAGAGCCUGGCUUUCAGGCUGGACAUCAUCACUCUUCUCUGUGCAGUGGGCACAGAGAGGCACCCAGAAGAUGUGCUGCUUCCAGAGAGGGACCCAGAAGAUGAGCUCCUUCCACAUGGAUGACAAAAUGCAUCAUGAGUCACCAGUGAUGCUAGUGGUCAGGGAUCCUGGGAGAAGGGUGUGCUUGGCAGUAGCUAAUGAUGGGAUGACUGUACAGUGUUUAGUCAGACUGAAAGGCAGCACAGGGCCAUACAGAAGAUGGGAGAGAAUAAUUUUUGGAUGUUUGGUUUCCUGUGGGAGUAGAGCUUGUGCAAUAGCUUAAUCUUAAAAAUAUGAAGGCAGUGUUUAGGGAGAAUUUACCCUGACAGCAUUGUAGGCUGGCAUUUCAGCGUAGUCAAUAAUAAGACUAAUAAGAUUUGGAGAGCACAGUGAACUCUCUUUUUUUAAUCUGUUUCCACACCUUCUGAGUUCAGGUGUAUCUGCUGCACCAGGGGCAUGGCCGACCAUGGCUGAUGAGCAUCUUCCUUUUUGUGACAGCUGAAACAGAGUCGGUGGCUUUGUGUCAUGGUGUAUUUGUUAUCAAAUUAAAACUCACUAGACUCGUCUUGCUUUGACCACCACCUGCUUAGAAAACAGCAGCAGUGGCAGCUGUCUCCUGCCCAUGAGCAUGGGAGGAGGAUUCAGGGUACACUGAGGUGACAAUAAAAAGGGCACAGUCCACGGCAUGGGGGGACACGCAUUCCCAAUGGAUGAUGUUUUUCAACUCCUUAUAGUUCCUUUUUUUUUUUUUUUUUUUUUUUUUAAUCAAACAAGGUUUAAAAAUUCCAGGAGUUAUUCCAGUUAUUCCAGCCUCUGUAAUGUGAUUUGUCUUUUUGUUAAUUUAGUUAGAUUUUAUACAAACCAGAAGUUUAAAUUCCCUUCAUGAUAGCACCGGUGCACUGCUCUGUCAGAGGGGCCUUUUCCUAUUUAAUUUGGUCACUUGAGAAUGAAUUAGAGACAAAUUAGAGAACUAGACAAUUGGAGAACUGGGCAAUCACCAACUGCAGGAGGUUCAACAAAGGGCAAGUGCUGGAUUUUGCACCUGGGACACAGCAACCCUGGCUGUACAUACAGACUGGGGGAUGAGAUGCUGGAAAGCAGCUCCAUGGAGAGGGAUCUGGGGGUUCUGGUCAACAGCAGGUUGAACAUAAGCCACCAGUGUGCCCUGGCAGCCAAGAGGUCCACCUGUGUCCUGGGGUGCAUCAAGCACAGCAUUGCCAGCCAGGUGAGGGAGGUGAUUGUCCCACUCUGCUCUGCACUGGUGCGGCCUCACCUGGAGCACUGUGUGCAGUUCUGGGCGCCACAGGAUAAAAAGGAUAUAAAGCUACUGGAGAGUGUCCAGAAGAGGGCUACGGAGUUGGUGAAGGGCUUGGAGAGGAAGCUGUGUGAGGAGCAGCUAAAGUGACUUGGUUUGUUCAGCCUGGAGGAGACUGAGGGAACAACUGACGGAACACCUCAUGGCGGCUACAGCUUGCUCACAAGGGGAGGAGGAGGGGCAGGCGCUGAUCUCUUCUCUCUGGUGACCAAUGUCAGAACCCGAGAGAAUGGCAGGACGACGUGCCAGGGGAGGUUUAGGUUGGACAUUAGGAAAAGGUUCUUCCCCCAGAGGGUGGUGGAGCACUGGAACAGGCUCCCCAGGGAGGUGUCACGGCCCCAAGCCUGACAGUGUUCAAGAAGAGACUGGACAACACCCUCAGACACAUGGUGUGAACUGUGAGGUUGUCAUAUGAAGGGACAGGAGUUAGACUUGAUCCUUGUGGGUCCCUUCCAACCUAGGUCAUUCUAUGAUUCCAUGAUUGUAUGAUUUGAUUUUAAGCGAGCCUGAUAAACAAUGAGAUUUGAAAAGAUGUGCCUCAAAUAUACAGGGAUGUGGCCUACUAUUUUCUGCAUUUCCUCUUGUAAAUUCUCUCCCCUGUACACCAAGAUGCCCAUAAUGAAUCUCAGGCAAAGGUUACUUUGGGGUUUUUGUUGUUUGUUUGCUUGUUUUUCCCCUGAAGAGCUUCCUUGGCUGAUUAAGCGCAUUAAAAGAUGCCUCUAUAGCAGUAUUUUGCUUUUUGAAGUCAUGUGAUUGCAGACCCAAGAAAUUAAUCAUCCAGGGAGUCCCUGACCAUCAUAGUGUUCAGUAUCCUAAUUGUUUAGUAGCUUUGCUGAAUGAACUUCAAAUAAACACUGUUUCGUUUUUUUAGCUUUUUUUCAGUAAUUAAUGAAGGAAAGUGAGUAAGCUGCUGCUUGGCAGUGCCACUAGGCACGUGGUAAGGGAGCAAAAGUCUCUCUCUGUAGUUGAAAGGAUGAAUUAAUUUCCUUUUUUCUUUGCUACCCUCUCCUCUUCCCCUUCAAGCUGUGUAGCUCCAAGAGACAGCAUAUUUCGAAGCUAAGAGUGAAAGAGCUGUGAUGCCCAAGCUGUUCCCAGGGGCCUGUGAGAGCCUCGCGAGGCCUCUUUAGGACUGUGACUCAGUUUUUGGUGGGAGGUGUGAGAAAUCACUAUCAUAGUAAGUAGCAAUAUCGUAGCACCUCAGCAGAGCUGUUUUUGAGAAUGUUGCUGAAAGGGAAUAGUCUCCUUCCUAGGAAGAAAAACUCAAGGAACUUCAUUUUAAUAGCUUUGUUGACCUAGUUCAAAUAUUAUUCAGGAUAAUGGUCUGCCAGGUGUUACUAUUUUCUGCUCUGCAAGCCAUGAAUAGAUUUUCUUUUUCCCUCUUAUUUCAUGUAUUUACUUUCUUUGCAUACACAAGAAGCAAAGAAAAAAACCCAGUUUUGCCAGUAAUACAUGUCUUGCAUGGAAAAUCCCCAGGAAAAUCUUACUCAGGAGAUCCCCAUGGCCCACUCUGUGCACCUGUGAGGUCCCAUGCCACCAGUGUCCUUCACCACUCACAGCCACCUGGGCAGCAGCAGGUCAGCCAGCCCCAUUGCCCUUACUCCUGUGAUCCCUUGAUAUUGUCUCUUUGUCCCAUCGCCAUCACCCCUUGGCCCCAGGAGACCUUCUGCAUGGGGUGGCAGACUGCCCAUGGCACAGAGCAGGUUCUGAGCAACCCCAGGUGCUCCCUACCCCUUUUGCAUGUGAGCAGCAUUGGAGCAGAGAUGGACCAAAUUAAUGACCAAUGUCUAAAUGGAGAUCAGUAACAUGUUGUGUUCCUCAGUGGUCUAUAUUGGGACUGGUACCACUCAAUAUCUUUAUUAAUGACAUAGACAUUGGGAUUGAGUGCACUCUCAGCAAGUUUGCAGAUGACACCUAAGAGUGAUGUUGUUGAUACACUUGAGGGAUGAGAUGCCAUCCAGAGGGACCAUGACAGGCUUGAGAAGUGGGCCCAUGUGGACCUCAUGAGGUUCAACUAGGCCAAGUGCAAGGUCCUGCACUUGGGGCAACCACUAGUAUCGGUACAGACUGGGUUUCAAAUGGACUGAGAACAGCCUUGUGGAGAAGGAUUUGGCGAUACUGGUGGAGGAAAAAUUGGACACGAACCAGCAAUGUGUGCUUGCAGCCCGGAAGGCAAAUUGUAUCUUUGGCUGCAUCAACAGGAGUGUGGCCAGCAGGUUGAAGGAGGUGAUUCUGUGUCUCUGCUCUGGUGAGACCCCACCUGGAGUACUACAUCCAGCUUUAGGGUUCCCCAUACAAGACAGAUGUGAACAUGAUAGAGUGGAUUCAGAGGAGGCCACAAAAUGGUCAGAGGGCUGGAACAUCUCUUCUGUGAAGACAGGCUGAGGGAGUUGUGGUUGUUUAACCUGGAGAAGAGAAGCUUGUGAGGAGACCUUGUUGCAGCCUUUCAUUACUUAAAGUGGCUUAUAAGAUAGAGAUUUUUUACUGGGGCCUAUAGUGAUAGGAUGAUGGGUAACAGUUUUAAACUAAAAUAGCAUAUAUUUAGAUUAGAUUCUUCACCAUGAAGGUAGUGAGACAGUGGAACAGGCUGUCCCAAGAGUCUGUGAAUGCCCCAUCUCUGGAAGUGUUCAAGGUCAGGCUGGAUGGGGCUUUGAGCAACCUGGUCUAGUGGAAGGUGUCCCUGCCCAUGGCAGGGGGGUUUGACUAGAUGAUCUUUAAGGUCCCUUCCAACCCAAACCAUUUUGUGAUUUUGUGACUCUACAACCAGAGAAUGGGCACAGAAAAUAGAAUGUGGCAGACACAGCUACAGACAGUGAAAAGUAAAUAUUGUAAAAUACAUGUUUAUAUGUUUUGGGAGGUUACAGUAGUUCAGAUCUCUACUGUUGAUUCCUUAAACAUCUUGAUGCAGUGAAGAUGCUAUAAGGUAAACUGUGGUUUUGUGCUGAAGGGUUUCUUUGGGUAUAAUGCUUCCAAAUUGAAUACAGAAUUGAAUAUGGAGUCAUUUUCUUCUCUUUAUUUCAUCUCAGCUUUGCUGGAGGAAUUCUUUUGAUUUGCAGAAAGGUUUAUAGUGGAAAAAUUGUUAGACAUCUAUAGCAAGCAUAGUCUCAUCUUUAAUGGGUUGUUUAAAUUUCCCAAUAGAGAUAUUCUAUUCCUGAACAAUAAUAGUAAAUUCUUGACCUUAUGUUACAGUUUCCAGUUUCUUAAUAAAUAGUGUGUCUUUAGUCAGUGUUUCUUAACUCCACAGAAUGCUUUAUAGAAAACUGUAAAUAUCUGUCCUCCCUUUGUAAAUAAGAAGUUGAAGCACAUCCAAAGCGACCCGCCACCAGCAGGGCAGAGCCGGGGAGCAAUUGCACACCCCCAGAAUCAAGCACUGUGCUGUUGUGACACUUAAAGUGCUCAAGCUCUUGUCAUCGUCCUCGUGCAUGGAAAGAGUGUGAUAGACAUUUCAUACCAGAUUUUGUUCUGGUUAAAGAGCUUUGAUGAAUUUCACCUCCUUUACCAUGUGCUACAGCUACAUUUGACCUAUAUCCAAGUUUACUUACUUUAGUUACUGAAAUUGUUUUCCUGUUCUAUUUCCUAGUAUUAAAUUGCUGUAAAAUUAACUGGAAAACUACUAUUAUGUACCCUGUUUCUUUUUUUUUGUCUUUUCAUCCUGGGCCUUUUUGUUUGCAUGUGUUUAUUUUUCCUUUGCUUAUUUUCUCUUUUAUUGCAUCUAUGAAGCUUUUGUUCUCAAUUUUCAUGUCAUUUGACAUAUGAGAGAAGCAAGAAAAAAUAUUUCACAUUCCUGUUUCAAGUUCAAAACCAGUUUUUAUGCUGAACAAUAAUUGUAUUACAAGGAAGCCUGAUGUGCCCUCAGUGCCGUUACAAUAUGUUGAAUAAAAGGUAAUUUAAAGGAAACAGCAGAGUAUUUGAAAGUUCACUGCAUGAAAAUUGGAUUUUUGCCUUUUAUUAUUUACAUUGCACCUUAUUAAUAUUUAAGGCCACAGGGAUUAUCAUCCUCCUUAACGGCUUUAUUUAAUAAAGAUUUUGCGUUUCACAGUAUAGGAUCUAUUACAGGCUUCAAUCUGUUAUCAGGAUUUCAAUUAACUAGCUUUAGCUUCAGUUGCCCUAUAAAUCCUAUAAAUAUAUCUAAAUAAUUAAUUUGCUUUCACUGGAUGGUUGUGGCUACUUUUAAAGGCAACUACUAUAUACUUAGAUGCUAAAUGGUACAAUUGUGUACAUAACUUGCUUUUUUUUUAUUUUUUUUUUCUUUUUAAAGAUGACAGGCAUCUAUGAAAGUGACUGGCUUGACCAGGACCAGUCUCCCAAGGGAAAAGACCUUGUAGAGGAACUUUAGUUAUGGUCGAGGACCACUGGAGCUUGGAUGCAAGUGCACCUUGAAUUUUGGGAGGAGAGGAUAGGGACAGUUGGAUGUCACAGAUCAACACAUCUCCUGAUUGGACUGAAGGACUUUGCAUCCUUUGACUGUGGUUAUGUAUGUUGUCAACCAAGGGCUGGAUGUAGCUGAUUCCAGGGUGGAGGAGUGGUGAUAAAUAUCGGAGACUGAAAGAAAUCCAGUCACUCUUACUUUUGGGUCUUCCUUUCACCUAUGCAGAAUCAUACACCCAUGGUAAUUUUGUGGUCAAGACUGCUCCCAGCUUUUCUUUUGAAGUGACAUUUAAAUCUUCUUGCUAUAACAAAAAUAAUAAUAACAAUUUUUGAUGUACCCUUUCUGGAUAGGAAAUGUCAGGAAGAUGUGCCAGGGGAAGAUUAGAUUGGACAUUAGGAAAAGGUUCUUCCCCCAGAGGGUGGUGGAGCACUGGAACAGGCUCCCCUGGGAGGUGUCACGGCCCCAAGCCUGACAGUGUUCAAGAAGAGACUGGACAGCACCCUCAGACACAUGGUGUGAAUUUUGGGAUUGUCUUAUGCAGGGACAGGAGUUGGACUCGAUGAUCCUUGUGGGUCCCUUCCAACUCAGGAUAUUCUAUGAUCCUGUAUUCCAUGAUUGUAUGAUUUUAUUUUAAGCAAGCCUGAUAAACAGUAAGACUUGAAAGGGUGUGCCUCAAAAAUACAGGGAUAGGGCCUAUUAUUUUCUGCAUUUCCUCUUGUAAAUUCUCUCCCCUCCACACUAAAAUACUGAUACUCUGAUGUAAGGAAGCAGCCCUGUGCCAAGCUCUGGGGUCAAAACCAAUGACAAAUGGGUGCUAAUACAGUAGGAAUGACACAAUGUGAACAUGCAGCCAGCCUAGGCACCCACCAAAAAUGCCUCUCCUGCCCCAAAACAGAACAAAAUUUGGUACCAGAGAGCUGCAGGCAGCAGCUCAGACGUGCUUGCCCCUCAGCAGUGUAGAUGAAUGUGCUCAGCAAUUCACCUGAGAGCAGCAAGAUGGCACAAAACUUGGCAGAUGUGGAAAAAGUGCUGUUGAUUUGAGAGUCCUGGUCUUUUCCAAGUUAUUCCUGCUGGCUUGUGUCCCAAGGAGGGAAGAUUUGAGACGUUCAGGGACCCACAAAGACCAGGACGCAGGUCAAAUUUAAAAUGCUUAAACUGCAAUACUUAGAGCUUUAAAAAUAUUUUUCUCCUAUCAGUGCAUGAUUAACCGAGUGUGUGAACUCAAAGGGAAACAUAAUAUUUAUUAAACAUAGUUCACUUAGUCAUUUUGGCAUUUGAUAUACAAAGAUUAUGCAUUUUUCCCAGGAGUUGUGUUAAUAAUUUCAGCAUGAUAACUUUAGCUUUAAAAAGGGCCUUUCUUUGCUAAAGGGAGGGUUAUCCAUGCAUGUGUACAAGGCAAACUUUAAUUAAAAUUUCUGUUCUUCAUUGUUUCAGGAGUUUAAAAUGCACUUCCUCUGCCCAUGAGACAAAAAGACUGCUAAUAUGUAUGGGACUGAAAGGGUUAAUGUGUGAAAACGAACACAUUCAAGGUUAUGUUACUGAUAGCUCCAUUGUGUUGGCAAAGGAAAAAGAUGAAGUACAGCCUCAGUUUACUUCUCUUGUUAAAUAAUACUUGGUUCUGUAUUGUUAGAAGAAAUCCUUCCAUAACUGUAGAAUAUGGAAAACAUGGAAAUCAUGGUACUGCCUCUGCUGACCUUAAUAUAUAUUUUUUUAAACAUUUGUACCCUGGCCCUCAUGGAAGGCUUGAAAAAGAAACCAGUCUGUUUUUCUGAGGAAGAUCUGAGGACUUGAAAUGCAAUCCUGCUUUAUGGUGCCCACUGCAGCAUGUAAAAUAUGGGGGAGUUCUCCUUAUGUUUGUCCAAUAUGUGAAACCAAUGCUCUUAGAUACAUCUGCUGUGGGAAAAUAAGACAUGUUUAGUAAGUUUGCAAAAUAGUAACCAUUUGGUACAUUUCAUUUAUCCAUGCUAUAUAAGAUUACUGCCAGUGUUAGAGAACUGAUAAAUAAACUGGGGAGGAAAAAAAGGUAAGAUAAGAGUUGGUGUCUAAGUUCCACCUAUUUCCUGUAGGCUCCUACAAGUUUCUCUGAAAACUUGUUUCUAUGACUUCGAAUGGAAAGGGAAAAAUCUUCAAAAAAAAAAAUCCAUUUGUUUUCUUUAACAGAUGUUGUUUUUAUAGGACAGUUUUAGUAAAAACAUAACUUUGCUGUAAAUCACUACUUGUCUAAAGUAAUCUCCACCCAUGGAGUAAGCUGUCCUUCAGAGAACCCAGAAGAAGGGACACCAAGGUAGUUUCUCUCUUUGAAACCUAUUAUUAAGGAUGCUGUAAUUAUUUCUUGGGAGACAAUCGCUUUUGCCUGCGCUGCCCUUUCCUGAUGAAAUCCUCCUGGAAAUGUCAGGAGGGAAUAAAUCCUUAUGCUGCUGCAGAUUUCUCAGGUUUCCUUUGGUGGUGCACUUGGUGGGGUUGUCACCUGUUCCUCUGAAAGGAUUGGUAUUUGCCACCCAGAAGUUCUGUGCUGGACCAGUAGCCCUUAAAUAUCAUGUGAAUCAGCAUUGCAUGUCCAAAGGAGCCACAUAAUUGGAAACUGCUCAUCUGUUAACCACCGUAUGGCAAAAGAGCUCCUGUAACAAGGAAGAAAGCAAAUGAGGAAGAAUAUAAAUGUUUUGAUUCAGGAGCUGUGUUUUUCUUUGAAGACUGAUAGCAAGUGGUCAGUCUAUAAGGAAGGAAAUGUUGCUCUCACUUCAGCUCACUGCCUCGGAGUGAAACCUUCAUUGUGCUAUUUUAUUUCAAUAUCAAACAUUGCUAUUUUACCCUUAAAAAUAACCAGCAUUACUGAUAGGAAACUGUUUGUCUGCUAAGACAAAUUUAUCUAGCUAAUAUGAUCAUUCUAGUGCUCCUUCUGUACAAGGCAUGCAAAUCUCUCUCUUGGCUGUUUGAGAUCACUCUGGCUUUCUAAUAUUUGCCAGUGGAAAGGCCCUGGCUCAUUUCUUUCUUCUGAAUCAUAUUUUGAUUGUCUCAUUUCUUACUGAAGUGAUUAAAGCUGAGCUGGGCACACACAGACUCUAACUUCAAUGCAUAGCUUUGCUAAGCUGCAAUGUAUAUUAUUAAAAUUUCUAAAAUUAUCUUCUACUAUUGCUUUAUUUAAUGCCCUAAAGCUUCUAAAUGAGUUAAGAAAAAAUGAUAGGUUUGCACAGAUUCAAUAUUACUUAUCAGGUGUAUUUGUAUGAAGGAUCAGAAAGAGGAUGUGAUGUGCCUUGGGUUUUCAGUCCAACCAUGCUGUGUACGUACAGGGGGACCAGAACUCCCGGGUGCAUUGAGGAACAAGCACUCCUGUUAGGAUGGAAACAGACAAAAGGGUCCUUAACAGGGACCUGGGAGGAAUUACUGAAAAAAAGUACCAGGAAAAUAGCUAACCUACCUUCCAGGCACACUAGGAGGAUCUGGGUCUGAAUACAGAGAGUGUGUCCCCAUGCAUUACUGGUAGAUCACAGAAUCACAGCCUGGGUGAGAUUGGCAGGUACCUCUGGAGGUUGUCUGGUCCAACCCCCCUGCUCCAGCAAGGCCACCAGUUGCUCAGGAACGUGAACAGAGAUACUGAAUAACACAUCAGUACAACAGAGGCUGUGUCAGGUCAUGGCGAUGAAGAGAGUGGCUUCACAAGUGAACAACCCUUAAAACUGCAGACCAAUUGUUCCUGCAUUGUUAGAAGUUGCAUCACUCUUUGUUAAUAUUUAAGGGAUGUUUUUGGCUCAUUUCUUGAUUGGGUGUGCUUUUUAAUGUUCAUAAAUGUGCUGUCGGCAAUUGAAAGCAGAGCUGGAAAGUGCAACCAUCGCUCCAGUCAUUUAUCUGUGAAAGUCUUUUUUUCCUUCAGACUUUGGAAAUUGUCACCUGUCCUGAAAAUUUAUAGCUUGUCUUUGCUUUGGGGCUACUGUGAGUUAAUCUGAAGUAUUUGUAGCUAUUAUAGUUGUUCAACAAACAGGUUCAGCCAAAUAAGAGACCUUAGCAGAGCAGAUUAAUAGCAGGGAGCCCUUUAUUUAACUUGGCAAGGCUCAUCACAAGCCAUCAAAGAAAGCAGUUACUUUGUCAGUAGUAUUGAAUGGAUGAAUAUGAUAAACAAAGAGGUCACAAAGUCUUACAGCCUAGUUUCCCUCAGAAACAGAAGGGCUUGCCAAACAGCUUUAGGACUUGAAUAUAGGUGGUUUAUGUAUUCAAAGCAUAUGGGCUUCAUAACUAUUGUUCCCUUUGGUAUUAGUGAGUUUUCUCAAAAUGCAGGAAGGAAACAAGUCUUGAAGGAGCCCAGAAAUGACACGCAGCCCAUCUGUUUUGCUGAACUGUUUCUCUAAAUUAAAUCCAUUGCUUCUCAAGUAGAGUUGAUAAUUGGAUGUUGAAAAUAGAGUAUUUCAGAAGCAAUUUUGAAAGCAGUUCCCAGCGGCCUAUUACAGAUGCAGGUAUUCUGAUGAUAAUUCCAUGUUCCCAAGUGAGGUACUCACUUAAGGCCCCAGUUCAGCACAGGCUUUAAAUGCAUACUCGUGUUAAUCUCCGUUACAGCAGUUUUGCCUGUGGUUAACUAUAGCAGUGUGUUCUCAAUUGAACAUGUGUCUGAUGUGUCCUCUGCAGACAUAAAGGGCUGAUUUGAGGUUAGGGAUAAUUUUCUCUGGGUAGCUACUGAAUUCUGUUUGAGCUGUACCUGUCUGCAUCUAUUUAGCACAAGGCAACAUGGGCUGUGGUGACUUGUGUCCUCCUAUCUGGGAUUGUUUAAGAACAUGGCUGAAGCCUUCCACUUGACCAUUUCAUGAGAGGAUCUGAAGGAGUUAGGAAGAAACGGGGCUGUAAAAUUUAAUUUCAGGAUUACCGCUUCUUGUCAGCCAUUGCAGGGAGGAUGAGCAUUACAAUUGUCACAGGUAUCUUUAAUUAUAUAUGGCCUACUUCCUGAAAUAUUCAUAAGAAAUGGAGAUAUGAAGUGAAAGUUCUGGUUGGAAGGUAUAAAGGUUAUUCUUAAAUAUCAACAAGGUGAUUUCCCCUACCAGGUUCCCCAUCUGGCAAAAUUAUUGUAUUGCUGUGUUUACAGAAAACAAAAGGUCAAAGCUGUCCAUACACCUAUGCAUUGCCUUUUCUUUGGUAAACCAUCCCACAGUAACGAUUGCUUUAGGUGUGUCUUGAAGUCCUAAGUGCUGCAGGUAUGAAAAAAUCCUGGCUCCUUAUGAGCAGUCAGGGAAUGGAGGCAGUGAUUUGUAGGACAACAUAAGUGUUGCAGAAUUCAGAAGCAAAUACACUCUUCAGCUUUAGGUUUGAUGAGCCCUGUGAGCCCUGCAGGACUGGUAAGUCCCAUAAAGCAUAUAGUUAGAAAAUUAUGUGAAUUCUGGUCUGAAACAAAGGUAAAAAUAGGGGAACUGGUUUUAGCACCUUGUUUUUUACUGUCUGCGCUUACACUAGGAUUGUGUUAGAAACAGGAACACUAAACUUUAACAGCUGGCAACAAGUGGAGGAUGAUGCAGAGGAGGACUGUUCUGGAUGUGCAGAGGAAAGGCAAGAUGCAGGUGGUGGGACUUAAAGGGUCUGGUGUUUUAAUUACAUCACUCGUUUAGGUGCUGCCCAGCAGUCAGCCCCCAAGGGCAGUCAUCAUUCAUUUUUGCGCACUUGAGGCUGUCACCGGCUCAGCCUGUGUCCUGGUCCCAGUCCCUUACCAUGCUUCUGUCACAUGGGGACGGUGAAAAGGGAGGGUGGUGUUAUCUCAGCAAACCAAACAUCUGCAGCAUUGUCCUAGUCCCCUCCUCUCUGGGAAGCGCCUUUCACUGGAUUUUGUUUCUUGUCUCCUGUGCAAACAGGGAACAACCCAUCCAUGGUACAAGCCAUUUGGAAGUGCCAGUGUUUGCCUGACCUGCUGCUGCCCUGUCUGCAGGUUGCUAAAAUAUCUCCCACUGAGAAUGGCAAAACUGUGCAUCCUCCCACUCUGCCCAGUUACAGUGUUCACUGCGGGUGCCAUUAUUCACAGACACAUUUAGCUGCGGAUAUAUGUGCCUCUUGGCCUCCUCAUGUGGCGUUUUCAGCCAAGUCAUGGUCUUUUUUAGGAAAAGGCCUCAAACUUAAGGCUCGCUUUAACCAGCUGACUUAGAAAUUGGCCUGCAGGAUGCCCAGUGCAUAAUAAUCCUACCUGGUUCUUGCUGCUGUCUUGCCAGCAAGUGCCUUGGUACACAUGGUGUGUUGGACAGUCUCACAGACCGCUCCUUCCUCAGCAGGGACACUGGCACUGCAACCCAUCAGGGCCCUGGUCACUUCUGGUGCCUCCUGCUAAUUCACGUGAUCCUCUCCUUGCUCUUAAAAGCUGGGUAAGGCAGUAGACCCCUCUUGGCCUCUGGUCCCCAACACUGUAGAUAAGUAGGACCAUGUGCUCAUCGCCUUCAACCUCUUCUUAUGGUAGACAACUGUGCAAAAAAAAAAAAAAAUCAUUCUGGAAAGAUCCAUGAACCACCUGCCUCCCCAUGACUCAACUCAGCAGAGGCUACAAGUCGUUUACCAGUAUUUUAAAAAUAAAUUUAAGACUUAAACUUGAAGAUAACAGAAGGAACAGGAAGGGCCCUGCUGGUGUUUAUGGGUCCCUAGAACAGCACAGAAAAAUGUUUGUAAAAUUCCUGGAAUAUCCUAGGAAAUAAAGUAUAUCCAGAUAUACAGGAAAACAUCUCUCCUGGCUGGGAAUCCAUUUGACAUGAGCAUGACAACAAAGUAUGCCAGCCCAACAUGCCAGGGGUUUCAGCAUCUGGGUGUGCUGUGCUGCACCUUGCCCAGCACCCUCCUUCGAGCUGCAGGAAUCCAGACAUUACAAAACCCAUAUUUUAAAACUGGCACUAGCUGGCAUUUUGUGAGGUGCCUUCUUCCUUGACUUUGAAGCAUGAUCGGUUCCCAGCAAACCUCAGUACGUGCCUAGGCAAAUUGCUGCUUUCUUACCCUUUUGCAGCCCAUGAGGUUGGGGUUGAGAUCAAAUUGCUCAGCUAGACCCCCUUGCCCCCCUAAAAGGUACCCGUAAGAGGUGCUGCCUUGAAAAGGUAGCUCUUAACUAGCAUGAAAAGCUCCAGAAGUUGCCUCAGAAGAAAAGCUAUCCUGAACACAGGUUCUGCCUGGUUGCAUGGGGUGUAAACACUUGGUUGCAGCUCUAAAGUAAAAUCUGAAUGGUGAUGGGCCACAAGGAGGUUUUACUAGGCCCCUUGGGACUUAUUUUUUUAAUAAUAAGGACAAUGGGAAAUAAUUGCCAGCAGUCUGCAUCAAAAAAGUCUGGAGCUGAUGAGAGAGGCAGGCUGUUGGGUCUAUAGUUUGUCUUUGAUCACAGCAGUGCUCCAGGUGUCUGAUAAUAGAGAAGUCAACAUACUAGGUGUUGUUUGACCAGCAAAAUGUGAGAGAAUGCUGGUGGCUUAUGCCGAAUACCAUUCCUCUGCCUGCUCUCUGGGCCUGUAAGUAUAUGUAUUUAUAGAUAUAUGGGCAGUACAGUUAAAGUUUUGCGAAGCGUGUGAACUCUCUGUCUUAUCAUGAAAGUGCUACCUGAAGGCUGGCUGCUUCCUUUUAACGGAGAGGUGCAGGAGGAAAGAGGCUGACUUCAUUUUCAGAUGACAGGACUGCUCUGCUGCUGCUGGUGCUAUGUAGUUUGAGAAGGCAUGCGUGAUUUUUGGUUUUGUAACUAUAGCUGUGCUUCGAAGAGCAGUUGGGAUGAGUUGUGGAGCCAGAAAAGAUUUUGAUCCUUUUACAUGCUGGUUCAGUGAUGUGUGUGUGACGUUUAUGUUGAGUGUUUCUCAGCUUCCCUAUGGCAAAGCUCUCUACACGUAUGAGGGAAAAGAGCCCGGUGACCUCAAGUUUAACAAGGGGGACAUCAUCAUACUGCGGCGGAAGGUGGACGAGAACUGGUACCACGGGGAGCUCAAUGGGAACCACGGCUUCUUCCCCGCCAGCUACAUCCAGUGUAUCAAGCCCCUCCCGCAAGCUCCACCUCAGGGCAAAGCACUUUAUGACUUUGAAAUAAAGGAUAAGGAUCAAGACAAGGACUGCCUGACCUUCACCAAGGAUGAAAUUUUGACGGUCAUCAGGAGGGUAGAUGACAACUGGGCAGAAGGAAUGCUGGGUGACAAGAUUGGCAUUUUUCCUAUCCUCUAUGUUGAGCUCAACGAAUCUGCCAAGCAGCUCAUUGAGAUGGACAAGACGUGCUCAGCUGCCGCCUCCGGCUGCGAUGUGACACUGCCAACAGAGACAGCAGCAGUGGCGGCGGCGGUGGGCUUGGCUCCGUGCUCCACGCUGGCCGGUGCCGGGGCAGCCGGGGCGGCCCAGCGGCAGGCAGAGGGCAAGAAGAACGCCAAGAAACGCCAUUCCUUCACCGCCCUCAGCAUGACGCACAAGUCCUCCCAGGCCGCCAGCAACCGGCACUCCAUGGAGAUCAGUGCUCCUGUCCUCAUCAGCUCCAGCGACCCGCGGGCAGCUGCCAGGAUCGGGGACCUGACCCAUCUCUCCUCCAGCGCCCCGGCCCAGGAUUCCUCUUCAAUUGGAGCAGCCACAGUAGCUGGUCCCAGGACAAGUGCAAUAAUUGGAGAUCAGGGAACACCACCGAAGGUGCAGCUCCCCCUCAAUAUCUACCUAGCCCUGUACGCCUACAAGCCUCAGAAGAAUGACGAGCUGGAGCUCCGCAAAGGUGAGAUGUACCGGGUCAUUGAGAAGUGCCAGGACGGCUGGUUCAAGGGGACGUCUCUGAGGAGCGGAAUGUCCGGCGUCUUCCCAGGCAACUACGUGACUCCUGUUUCCAGGGUGCCAGUGGGAGCCGGGCAGCCCAGGAACAGCGGAGCUGGGGGAGCUCCAGCAAUGAAAGGAGCCCCGGGAUCCAUCCACCCCAUUGGGGCUGGUCACACCAAUGCCACCACGGCCGUCAGACCCGUUGUUCCCAUCACUGCUCCUCAGACGCAUCCCCAGCUACAGGCGGCCUCUCCGCAGCUGAAUAACUGCUUGAGGUACUCAGCCCAGCAGCCAGGCAGCCAGACCCGCAACGCCAUGCAGAUGGCUCACCCUCCAGUGCCAGCCCCGGAGCGACCCACCGCCACGGUCUCGCCCCUGCGGACUCCCAGCUCACCCUCCCGCCUGCCAGCAGCAGCCAUCCGGCCUCACCCCGCCAUCUCCCCGCAGCACGGCCACCAGCCGCCCACCCCAGGGGCCCGGCCCCUCAUUCCCCUCACUUCCGCCGCCGCCGCCAUCACCCCGCCCAACGUCAGCGCAGCCCACCUCAACGGCGAGGCGGGCGGCGGGCCCCUGGGUGGCCCUGUCACCCCUGGCCCCGCCGGCAAGGCUGAGGAGAGGAAGAAUGAAAAGAAAGAGAAGAAAAGCGGGCUGCUGAAACUUCUGGCAGGUGCAUCAACAAAAAAGAAGUCGCGAUCCCCACCGUCUGUGUCCCCGACCCAUGACCCCCAGGCAGCCAUCGAAGGAGUCCUGCAAGGGGCUGUGGGACCCGAGCUUUCCUCCCUCUCCAGCCAUGGCAGAGCCGGCUCGUGCCCUAUCGAGAGUGAAAUGCAGGGAGCCAUGGGGCUGGAACCUCUGCACAGGAAAACUGGCUCCUUGGAUUUGAAUUUUUCCAUCCCUUCUCCUGCCAGGCAGCCCCUCUCUUCCAUGGCAGCUAUUCGGCCAGAGCCCAAGCCUUUGCCCCGGGAAAGGUACCGCGUCGUGGUCCCAUACCCACCGCAGAGCGAGGCCGAGAUUGAACUGAAGGAGGGUGACAUUGUGUUUGUGCACAAGAAACGGGAGGACGGCUGGUACAAAGGGACGUUGCAGAGGAACGGCAGGACGGGCCUGUUCCCCGGGAGCUUUGUCGAGAGCUUCUGAGGACGGCUCGCCGCUCUCUCAACUGGAGGAGCUUUCAGGGGAAACUGCAUAGCACAAGGAGAGACAGCAAAGGGAAACUGGACCGAUAACCACUGCCAUUUUUAUUUUCCAAAGACUCCCCCCAGGCCCUUCAGUCUACAGCUCUGGGGACGCAGUGCCCCGUUGUGCUCCUGAGACUGCGUGUGGUGCAUACCAUGGUAUGUUGAAGUAGUGCCUUCCACCUGGAAUCACAGACUGAAAGGACGCCCGUCUGGACUGUACGUAACCUAAACUCCGGCUGUUAACCCUUUGUGUAAAUUAUAGAGAAGAUAUCUUUAAAAAAAAAAAAGAGGAAAGUUGUUAUAUUGCUGUAACUUAUUUGUCAGAGCUGCAGUGUUCUUAUUACUGGCCUAUGCAAGAUGGAUUUGAGAUUUCAAGGAGGUGUGCUAGGAAGCUCUUAAACUGGGAUUUCGUUUUUCCCAAGGGAAAAAUAGGGAGGGGAGGGUAGAGAAAACCCCAGCUGAAGAUUGGUGCAUCGUCAUGCAAGAAAGAAUGAGGAGUCCAAAAUGUUAAUGUCAUGCUUUCUAUAUACCUCAAAGAUAUGCUGCACAAGUUUGUCAGUGAGCGUGUUAGUACUCAGAGUCCCAAACCAUCUGGUGUCCCGGCGCUGCUGUCGGGGAGGUCCUGGAGGGAGUACAGCUCCACCAUUAAACUGUGGUUAUUUGAGCAGAAUCCCUUUUGCCUGUCUUCUGCCCUUACUAUAUGCAGCAUGGAUUUUUGUCCUUCAGUGUCACUUUCCAUUGCUUUUUUGUAUGACGUACCUUUUUACUGUAAGAAUUGCUCUACUUUAUAUAUAUAUUCCUACUAGAUCAGACAUUUCCUCUUUUUCAUACAUCUGGUGCUAUUUUUUUGAAUUGGUAAAGAUUUGGUUUGGUUAAACAGAGAGGCUGCAACAAGAUUUGCAUUCAACAUACAAAAUUAGAAACUUACCUGAAGAUCAAGAUCAGACUGCCUGUUCGUGCUUCAUAGAGGAAAAGAGAAAAAGCCGCCUGGUCAGUGAUAAAUAUACCUGGAGGAGCGUGUCUGUGCAACAUACACGUGCUCGCUCUCUCCUGCGUAUUUAGAGGGGCUGAAGAUCCACGCUGAAGCGCGCCGUUCUGUCUGGAGAGUGAUAAUUACUCCAGAAUUGGAAGCAAUUCCCAGAGGAGUCGUUUUAAUUGACUUUUUCAUGGCAAUAAGAAGAACACUGCAGGUUCUAGCACGUGCAGGGACCGUGGAGUUUUCCUCUGCCGUUGCAUCGCGGAGACGAGAGCUGAUCUGCGACAGCUGUAAUUAGCAUUAUCGAAAUGUGAUUUCUUACUGUAGAAAUGUAUAGUUCUGGAGACUGUUUGAUUUCUUAACGUGGUCAAGCUACAAUACAAACCGUAUCAGGCAAUAUAAGCUUCCAUCUACCAGGGACUUAAAGGUGCAAUAAAUGUAAAGGGAGUUUAGCCAGUUAUUCAUAUGAAGCAGAAUGAGGAGAAAAAAAAAAUCCACAAUGCAAUUGUGAGAGUAUUUAAAAAGACAUCGGCUCCUGAGGAAUGAAACGUGAUGAAAGGUUUUUCGUAGCUGUAUCCGUACCUUGCCUUUGCCAGCGGCUGGCUGUUUGCCAGAGCCCACAUGUGGUGGUCGUUUAAAAGCGUGUCGGAGGCACUGUAACCUGGAGAUGAUCUUAUUAAAAGGAAGAGGCCCAGUGGGUGAACAUCAUUACUGCGUUACCGGUAUUUCAUCGGCGAAGGUGUAAGUUUUGUUUUCAUUCAAGCCCUGUAUGCUAGUACACAUCAAAACCCAUGUGAGUGAGCGUUCCCAUUUUAAGUUCAGCUCCGUGACUUUGUUCUCUGUAAAAUAAGUUUUCUCGUGCUGUCACAUGUAACAAAGCGAUUCCAGAAACACAGUCCGUGGCCAAGUAUAGCACCUUCAAACAGGGAAGCAUCAUUUUCAGGGUGUUUCUUUUUAUACUUAACGUUGCCGCAUUUGUUCGUAUUCCAGAUUGUAAUGAGCCAGCCACUAAAAGUUUAGUUACUGUUGAGAGGAAAUUGCCUUUUCAUAACCAAUAAGAGACUGAAGAAACAUCUUCUGGAAAGACUUGCUUGAGACUAGAGCCACAUCUGUCCACUUAUUUGGUCCAGAUCAGAACUGGUGUUACUGCACCUCAAACAGUAAACUGCACAGUUAGCGAGUCAGCAAGGCCACAAUGCAUGUUAUCGAUCCCAAUAAAAAUUAUGGGUUAGAUCUGUCAGAGAUGAGGAGAUUUUCUUCUGACAACUCACAGUGGUUAAAACUCUCUUAAAAUUCUGUUCCCUGGGUGUAUUUACUACACUCAGAAAAAUGAAACAGGAUGACGGCUUGCUUGCUGCCUAUUGUGUUUAGCCAGAUCUAAAAUGGUUCCAGAUUUCCACCUUUUCAUGCUUAACUCUAACAGGACAAAAAUUGGUGUGUGAAAAAUCAAGGAAAACAGGCAGAUGUCGUGUUAUGAAAUCAGUGCUUUAAAAUACAUAUUGCAGGGAGAAUGGUGGGGUUUUUUAAUGGAUGACAAUGCUUCCAGUCAUACCUCCUGCAAGAAAAAAUAUUUGGGGGAGAGUGUGUUUCUGUUUUGAUAACAGCUGUUUCUGGCCCCUGUUUAUUGCUUAUCAUCACAGUUUGGGUUACGGAGUAAAUCUUCUUGGACAACUCACUUCCACGCCAGGAGCACAAGUGCAGAACUUAAUACAGCUCAGUGACACGAAAACGUGACCCAGUGCCAUUCGGAAGGUCCUGGACUGAGAGAGGUUCGACUCGUACUGUGGUCUCAUUUGUAUCUGUCAUACCAGGGAAAGGGGGAGGAGGGGGCAUCUGCAUUUCCUGUAAUGGGGAUGGGGAAAGAAAAGACUCCUUCUGGUGGCCUCAGUUUGUAAAAUGGCAGGUUUGCUCUUUUAGAAAUGAGUUCAAGUAAUUGAACAAUUCCUUUGAACUUUGCACAGCUCAGAAAAUGUUUUUGUUAUACAUGAAUGUUAACGUGAUUUAGGAAAUGUUGGCAGAUAUGAGUACAAAUGAACUACAAUGACUGUGUUUCUGAUUCUUUAAAUAAAAUAAACAUUAAGACAA